CUUAGAUAUCCGAUGCUACCAGGGUAUGUUCAGCACAUUUUCUACAAACCGAAGUACGUCGGUCCUUAAAUGGUAAACGACUUCUAAAGCCAGGGAGUGUACCAAGUAUAUUUGCUUGGAAUUCCCCAGUAAAAAGAAUCAGGCCACUAAGGAGAUCAUUGAAAAACAUGUCACCAGCAAAGUCUGCAGAGGACAGCAUUGAGGAAGCACCUGAAUUAUUGUCCAUUUCUGUGGAUCAGACUCCACCUGUGUCAAAUGACCAUGACUACAUAAUCCAUACUUCAGUCAACAACCAACUGCAGGCAGCCCAAGAAGAAAUCGUGAAUUUACAAAGAAAACUUGUGGCGGUGGAAAGGAGACUUUUUUCUUUGGAACGAUUCACUACAGAUCCCCAAUUGAUAAACUUUUAUACUGGUUUUAAAGAUUAUGAAACCUUAAAAUGUUUGUAUAAUGCACUUCAGCCAACAGCAGCAACAAUGAUUAGAUGGACACAAAUGCAAAGACAUUCUUCAAAUACAGAGAACAUGAAGUUGAAUGCUAUUCGUAAUGAAGCAUUGCCUCUCAUAGAUCAGUUCUUUAUGUUCCUUUGUAGAGUGCGACAGGGAUUUCCAGAACAGGAUUUGGCUGUUAGAUUUAACAUAUCUCAACCUUCAGUUAGUAGAAUUUUAAUAACUUGGUCUAAUUAUUUAUAUACGAUGCUGGGUAGUUUACCCAUUUGGCCACCUCGUUGUGUGAUUGACAGUAACAUGCCUAAAUGUUUCAAGGAGUCUUAUCCCCAUGUUAGAGUCAUCUUGGAUUGUACAGAAAUUAAAGUUCAAACUCCUAGCUCAAAAGUGUUAAAUUCUGAAACUUACUCUAAUUACAAGAGUCACACAACAUUUAAGAGCUUAAUUGGGAUAACUCCAUGUGGUGCUGUGGCAUUUAUUAGUUCAUUGUAUACAGGUAGCAUUAGUGAUAAAGCUAUAACUGCAUUGUCAGGAAUUUUGGACCUGUUAGAGCCUAACGACCAAGUAAUGGCUGACAAAGGGUUUUUGAUAGAAGACUUAUUAGACAAAAAACAAGCAUCUUUGAUAAUACCUCCUUUUCUCGGUGAAAAGGGUAAAUUUUCUGCUAGUGAGGUAGCACAAACACAUGAAAUAGCACGGCUUCGUAUUCAUGUAGAACGAGCCAUAAGGCGUAUAAAAGAGUAUCACAUAUUUGAUGGGGUCAUCCCUCUAAAUUUAGCUGCAUCCAUUAAUCAGAUAUGGACAGUUUGUGCAAUACUGACAAAUUUCAGGGGGCCUUUAUUCUAGUUCAAAAGUUACAUCAAUCCAAUAUAUGCAAUUUGUUUGAUUAUUUUGAAAUGUAAAUACUACUCUGCAUUUGAUAUGCUCUUUCACAUUCAGUAUUACUGUAUUAGACUGGAGACAGUGGUCAUCAACAAGUAUUGUAGUCAGGGUUACUACUGAUUGUGUAGCAUUACAGC